CCGUAUUGCGUUUUGUCAAGAUGGCGGCCUCCUGUGUCAAUGUUUAACAUUUUAGGUCGUGUGUUACGGUAUAUUUACUGGACAUUUUAUAGGAUACAUCAAAGGGUAUAAGUAUUAAAUUAAGUAGGGUGAUAACGUUAUGUAUAAUACUUAUUUCAGUUAAUGUGACUGUCGACAGCGAGAAUAAUAUCCAUCAUAAUAACAUUAGAUUCUGUAAAUAUGGAUGGAUAGCUAGUUAACAGUUACAUAUCUAAUUUAAUCGGUUAAUGUCACUUUCCUGCCACCGUUUAGUUUAUUUAUUUAAUUGACUUAGCUAUAUAUACUAGCUUGUGUCAAGCUUGGAUAUAGACCUCUCAAGGGUUUGCUUUAUAUUUGUUUAAACUUUAAUUAGUAAAAGACCUUCAGCUGUAAAGAUGACAGUAAUUUGGUCUCGGCUCUCGUGCAUUGUUUUGCUAAACCGUGGACAGAGGAACAUAAGUAUUUUCUCCAACACAACGCCUUCUAAUUGGAAUAAAGUGGUCUCGGAUGCAGAGAAAAUCGUGGGUUAUCCGACUUCUUUUAUGAGCCUACGCUGCUUGCUGAGUGAUGAACUCAGUAAUGUAGCAAUGCACGUGAGGAAACUGGUUGGAACAAAACACCCGUUACUCAACACUGCAAGGGGCUUCGUCUAUGACAGUAGAAACAACCUUCAGAUGAGGGGUCUGGUCGUCCUACUGAUGUCCAAGGCAGCCGGUCCCAGCCAGCACACAGCCUCAGACCUCCUCCCCCAGGACAUGGUCAGUGGCAUCUACCCCAGCCAGCGGAACCUGGCUGAAAUCACAGAGCUUAUCCACACGGCUUUCCUGGUGCACCGUGGGAUUGUCAACCUCAAGGAGUGGACCAACUCAGACGGACCCCUGAAGGACAUGCAGUUUGGAAACAAGAUGGCCGUUCUCAGUGGGGACUUCUUGCUCGCUAACGCCUGCACCGGACUGGCCCAGCUAAACAAUACUAAGGUUGUGGAGUUGAUCUCAAGUGCCAUUGGUGACUUGGUGCAGGGAAUCUACCAUGAGAUGCCCAACAGUUUGGAGGACAAGAGCCUGACUGAUGACAUCAACAUGGUUACGUGGGAGGAGCAGAGGUUCUUGUCCCAUGGUGCCUUGCUGGCGAAAAGCUGUCAGGCAGCAAUGGAGCUCGCCAAACAUGACAAAGAUGCCCAAGGACUGGCCUACAAAUACGGCAAGCAUCUAUCACUGGGCCACAAGUUGAACUCUGACCUGCAGCCAUUUGUGAAGAACAGUUCAGCAGGCCCAGUAACAUUCAGUUUGAACUCUGCUCCUGUGGUUUUCCACCGGCAGAUUGUGGGGCAGGAGAGAUGGCGUUAUCAGCUGCAACAGGCAACAACUAUUGGAACUAUUGACUAUACAAAGCUGCGGUCCAUGAUCAAGUUGGAGGAAGGUGUCACCUCAACAAUGGACCUGUGUCGUUACCACGGCAACAAAGCUCUGGAGUCCAUCCAGUGUUUCCCUUCCUCCGAGGCACGCUCAGCUUUGGAGAACAUCGCUAGCACUGUCACAAAGUUCUGAUCCCCCCAUUACCCUGUGUCCUCAGGAUGAAUUGCACAAACACACAAAAACAAUCUUUGUUCUAUUUAAGCCAAUCAGUGAGCAGAACUCAGUCCUAUAGACGUUUACCAGAAAUGAAACUACAGAUUGCCCUUUUCAAAACGCCAUUUAACUGUUUGCUAUUAAAACAGUUCCCAUCCAGUCGUCUUGAGUUGUUUUGUGUUUGCUACUAUUAUAACUUUGAUAUGUCACUGUGCAAUAGCAAAAUAAAAUCUAGGUGGGGAAAAAUGUCAAAGCUUUCCUUGUCCCUGCCACGAGAAGCACACUAGAAGCUCCGCAAGCAGUAAUUAUUAAUGAGGUCCAAUCCCGUGACCUGCAGCAAAUGGACAGGAAAUGCAAGGGUAUUGAUUGGGCCGCUGUGCGCUGCGGGCUGGCGCCAGGGUGGUGGCCUGUGGUUUCCCAGGCACUCUCGGCUGGGACAGCCAAGGUGUGAAACUGGGUGGAGGAGCGUCACCACUACCAACUGUGUCUGUCACAUGCGGCCCGGCCUGAAGGGCACACGGCACAGGGAAAGGAGGGGGAAAGAUCUGAGGCUGAUCCAGGAAUGCAGAGGGCAUUUCAAAUACAAAUUUGGAUCUCAGUCGAUGAUAGUUUGUGUCCACUUCCGCUCUGUUAGGUUCCUUCAUUCAGUGUGUACAAGGGCAAGCCUCCGGCCAUUGAUGAAAUAUUCAUCCAUGCUGUGCGCCUACAGGAGGAAAGAAACAUGGGAAGAUAAAGGUACCUGCUUUGGGUCUUCUUCAAAUAACUAAAACUAAGAAUAUCUUUGACUGAGAACAUUUACCUGUUCUUGAGAUCCUUGCCACAGGGCUACAGGGCCUGAAUUACAUGUGUGGAUCUCUAGUUAGAAUUGGGUCCUUACAGAUUAGUGAUCUAACUUCAAGGCAGGGAGGUUGCAUUUUAAAAGGCUCCAUACAGAGCCACAGCUCCAUGUACAGUAUCGUACAUCUGAAACCCAAGACUGCUAUUAUUCAUAGAGAUGAUUUUUGUGGUUUGCCGUCUGUCACACCCAGACUGCUCGGCUGUCAAGAGGGCUGAGGUUACAUAAAAUGUUGGAGGGGGCAUCUGCUACCCCCCCCCCUGUGGGUGGGUGUCUGUGUGUUGUAAUUACAGAUGGGGCGCAGUGGAGAGCUAGCCAGCGCAGCAAAACAGAUUCCAUUACAGCGUCCCCACAUCAUGCUCCUACAGAUAGAGGACAAUACCACUUCAAAGUCCACAAAACAGAGAGACUUCAGACUUCAAUGAGUGUGUCUUAGAGGGGCAGAAUAUUCAAAUGCCACUCAAAGGAAGAUGAGUACUCUGGCCUUGUCUACUAACGUCACAGCAUAUUUGAAGGAAACCUCUACUCUGACAGGAGUGUCCCAGGACAUCCAUCGAUUGGUUUGCAUGCAUUCUAGACCAACUGAAGACCUAGGCUACCCCUUUGCCUUGCAUUUAUUUUUAUAUUUUGUGUGCACUGAAAACAUGAUGCAUAAAAAGAAAUCUGAUCCAUAAUAGUGGGAUAUUAA